AUGUCUAAUAUCCCGUUGCACUCUAUCGGACGCAAAGGAAAGACACGAGCCGGGUACGUUCCUCUGAACGACGCCCAGGAUACCGAUAUGCCCACAGGCGUUCUGAGAGCUGCUGCGACACGCGGCGUAAACUUGACCGUAAAGGCAAAAGGUAAACAGCGCGAACGAUACACAGACGCAGACGAGUUCGAUGAGGAGGCAACUUUACUUGGGAACAGGGAUAGUACGCUGGAGAGAUUGAAGAGGGAAGUCACCACAAGUCUUACGUGGAGACAGCGUUCAUCGAGACAGCGUCCGUCGAGUGCACAUAAGACACAAGACAAGUCCAGGACAAUACCAUUCAGACCAGCAGAAAAAUUACAAUCCAAGUUCCCGCCUAACCUCGUACGGAAUCAGAAAUACAACAUAUUCACCUUCUUUCCUAUCGUCAUAUACGAACAGUUUAAAUUCUUUUUCAAUCUCUACUUCCUUCUCGUCGCUCUUUCCCAGUUCGUUCCAGCACUCAAGAUCGGAUUCAUUGUUACAUAUGUCGCACCCCUCGCAUUUGUGCUCUGCGUCACAAUGGGCAAAGAAGCCUAUGAUGACUACAAGCGCAAUCUCCGCGACCCGGCCCCGCACACACGAUCUGUCCCUUCCUCUUCCCUCAAAGUUGGUGACCUCGUUGUACUGGAGAAGAAUCAACGCGUACCGGCAGACAUGCUCGACGGAGAAACAGACUGGAAGCUUCGUGUUACAGUUCCUGCUACUCAGAAGCUUGUCGACGACAGUGAACUACUAGAUUUGGAUGCAGAAGUUUAUGCCGACGCUCCGAUUAAGGACAUCCACACUUUUAUUGGGACAUUUACGAUACACACGCCCCGCACGCACUCUGAUCAUGAUGUGCCCAUGGUACAGGUCCCCACUGUCGAGCCCCUGUCUGCGGAGAAUAUCUUAUGGAGUAACACGGUAUUAGCUGCGGGUUCUGCUGUUGGAUUCAUCGUAUACACGGGGUCUGAGACGCGCGCUGUCAUGAACACGAGCCAUCCUGAGACAAAGGUCGGUCUGCUGGAUCUGGAGAUCAAUAGGCUUGCCAAGAUUCUUUGUGCGGUGACGUUCGCGUUGUCUCUUGGACUCGUUGCCUUGAAUGGGUUCAGGGGACAGUGGUAUAUCUAUGUGUUCCGUUUUCUCAUAUUGUUUUCGUCUAUCAUUCCCAUCAGCUUGCGUGUAAACCUUGACAUGGGCAAGACGAUUCCUGGCACAAUCGUCCGCACGAGUACACUGCCUGAGGAGCUUGGACGCAUAGAAUACCUUCUUAGUGACAAAACUGGGACCCUUACACAAAAUGAGAUGGAGAUGAAGAAGUUGCACAUGGGAACAAUGUCCUACGGUUUUGACAGCAUGGACGAAGUAGCUCAUCAGCUUGCGAGUGCAUUUGGUGCCGAUCAAGCUCAUGUGAGAAGCAAUUCAAUGGCUACAGGCGCACAACUUGCCAUGAGAGGACGGAGGGAUAUGUCAUCGAGGCUCCGAGACGUAGUACUUAGUCUUGCACUUUGCCACAAUGUCACUCCAGUCACCAACGAUGAUGGUACCUUGACCUACCAAGCCUCCUCCCCAGAUGAAGUCGCAAUCGUCAAGUGGACAGAGAGCGUCGGCCUCAAGCUUGUCUUCCGCGACCCGCACACGCAUGGAGCUCCAAACGCCCACCAACGCACGUCUCGCCUACGAAAUCCUCGACAUAUUCCCCUUCACAAGCGAGUCCAAGCGCAUGGGCAAUCGUCGUGCGAGACGCACACAGCGGCGAGGUGGCUUUUCUUGCAAAAGGGCGCUGAUGUUGUCAUGGCUCGUAUCGUGCAGCGAAAUGACUGGCUAGAAGAGGAGACAGGAAAUAUGGCGCGCGAGGGCUUGCGCACACUCGUCGUUGCACGUAAGCGACUGACAUCACAGCACAUCCGGCUUGAUGGACGCGGCGAGGCGAUGAUCUCUGUCGUUGCGGAGCACCUGGAGCAUGACCUGGAGCUGCUUGGCCUGACUGGUGUCGAAGAUAAGUUGCAGGACGAGGUAAAAGGGACACUCGAGCUGCUCAGGAAUGGGGGAAUCAAGAUUUGGAUGCUUACAGGUGAUAAGAUCGAGACGGGCGCGGUGUAUUGCCAUUUCGACAAAACUGGUGGCGCGGAAUCAUUUGUAGUAAAGACUUCUGAUCAAGUCAGGGAUGAGCUGGAGUUCUUACAGUCGAAGCUGGAUUGCUGUCUAGUAAUUGAUGGCGAGUCGUUGCAGCUCUGUUUGAACCUGUACAAAAACGAAUUCAUCGAGAUCACAACCAAGCUAUCAGCCGUCGUUGCUUGUCGAUGCUCUCCUACCCAGAAAGCAGAUGUUGCAAGAUUAAUCCGACAUCACACCAAGAAACGGGUUUGCUGUAUCGGAGACGGUGGUAAUGAUGUCAGCAUGAUACAAGCCGCUGACGUCGGUGUCGGUAUCGUUGGAAAAGAAGGAAAGCAAGCAUCCCUCGCCGCCGACUUCUCCGUCACCCAGUUCAGCUACCUCACGAAGCUCCUCAUGUGGCACGGCCGCAACUCAUAUCGCCGUUCUGCAAAGCUCGCUCAAUUCGUCAUCCACCGCGGCCUCAUCAUCUCGAUCAUGCAAGCCGUGUUCUCAGCUAUAUUCUAUUUUGCCCCGAUCGCGCUGUACCAGGGGUGGUUGAUGGUAGGGUAUGCGACAAUUUAUACCAUGGCGCCUGUUUUUUCGUUGGUUCUGGAUCGUGAUGUGAACGAGGAUCUUGCGUUGAUAUACCCGGAGUUAUACAAAGAAUUGACCAAGGGACGUGCCCUAUCUUUCAAGACGUUCUUCAUGUGGUUGAUGAUUAGUGUAUACCAAGGCGCAGCCAUCAUGAUCAUGUCCCUCCUCUUAUUUGAAACCGAGUUCUUGAACAUCGUGUCCAUCUCUUUUACGGCUUUAGUUAUCAAUGAACUCAUCAUGGUUGCAUUAGAAAUCACGACCUGGCAUAUUUAUAUGGUCAUUUCGGAAGUAGUCACCCUUUUCUUUUAUGUUAUCAGCAUCGCUUUCUUACCGGAGUAUUUCGACCUCGAUUUCGUCGUCGUGUCCACUCGUUUUGCAUGGAAAGUAGCUGUCAUCGUAGCAGUUAGCGCGCUUCCCCUGUAUGUCAUCAAGCUCAUCCGUAGUAGAGUCGCUCCGGCAGCGUCCGAGCAAGUUGCUAUAAUACUUAUCCAUGUGACUCGACGAUCACUCCAAUCUGACAUCUUUAUAAUGUAUUUCUGCUUGUUUGAUCGCAAACAUCGAUGCAAAUAG